CGUGACGUGACUUACACUUGUUGCUGCUCACGGAAUCUCCCGAAGACAUAGGUAUAAAUACGGCACAGAGUUACUGAUUUACCAGACUCGACCAGAGAUAUCUAUCUGACCAGAAAGAUGGCAAUCUUUAAUUUCUACUUCACCAGCUGUGUGCUGCUGCUGCUGACCUUGAAUUGGCGCACAUCCAUCGGCCACCCUGUGCGCACUUUGAGCCCAGAAAUGUGCGCAAACUGCUCGUCGCUCUACAAGAGUCUCCUGACGAGUAUCGCACAGCUUCGGAGCAAUAAAGAGUUGUGUUAUGGCAUCCCCUCUGAUAGAGUGGUGGUGGGGAGUCAAGCUGACACAGUCCUGGCCUGCGCACCCUCUCUGCCUCAGAACUCAGGCUGCAUGAUGCAAAAAAAUCCACCCUUCAGUGAGAGUGAAUGUCUGAAGAACAUCAUGAAGGACUUGGCUUACUAUGCUGCUGCUUUUGAGUCCUACCUUGAGACUCCGCUCCAAAAUCCUGUUAACACAACUGCAGUUCUAAAACCAGUUCAGGAUACAAUCCAAAGUCUGAGGAAGAACUGCUCCCUGAAGCCGAAUGGAGAGAACGACUCCUCAGAGGUCAACACUGCCAAGAUUUGGGGGAAUGAAUCCUUCAACAACAGGCUGGAGAUGUGUGACAUGCUGAGGGGCUUUUAUGUCCGAGCCAUCACCAUCAACCGAGCUAUGGGCUACAUCUCCUCAGGAGACUACAAAAAAUAAGCAUCCUGCAAACUCAUCAUCACCAUCAUUCCAAUCAAUACAACAAUAUCUCUACCCUUUUUAAUUUAUCAUAACUAAACAAGCCUUUUUGACCUGUCACUACCAUCAUUUAUAACUAAUGACCAAGUAGCUUUAUGCUGCACAAAUGUACGAAUACUCAGGCAUAAGCUAGCUGACCAGACUCCAGCCUUCACUUAGUGAGAGCUGAAUGACAGUCAAACUACUGCUAAGGUUAUCAGUGAACCUAAAUCUAUUUAUGUAUUCCAAUAUUUGAGGGGAAUGUAUGUAUGUAUUUGACAUCUAUUUAUUACAUCUAUUUAUUUAUUUAUUUAUUUGAUGGCAUGUGGUGUUAUUUAUUUUUUGAAAUACUAUUUAUAAUAAAGUGUUUUUCUGGUAUCAAGUGCUUAUAGUGAAAGUGAUUUAUGAAUGAGUGCAAAUGAAAAUGCAAGUGAUGACAAUGAAUUACAGAUAACACUGUUUCUGAAAUGAGACGUUCUUCUUCUUGUUUUAUUAAGUUCACUCCUUUAUGAUAUUCCACAAUUCUUUAAAGGGGCUCAGACACGAUAGAAACAAGUGCAAAUAGGACGGACUGGAUUAUUGUUGGUAAAUCGUUUAAAGAAGUGACUGUGUUCUCUGAAUGUAAACGUCACUGCGACAUCUGCAUGGAAGACCCUUAAAGAUUCGACAGAUUGCAUUUCUUUUUGCAGCUUUUCCCAAAUAGUGUUGAGAUGUCUGGAAACAACAGAAACAAGGCUGCAAAGACAUAACUGAAACAUUUCCACAGGCAGUUUACAGUAUAGUUUGUUUUUCAAACCAUAAGCAUUCAAAGCUUUACAGCUCUACGAUAAACCUUGAAAAGACGACUCGUAAAAAAUACAGGAAUGUUGCUGUAGCUGCACGCACGCAGGUACUUAAAUUCAGCCCUGAAUAUAUAUAUAUAUACACAUUUAUACUUAAAAAACAAGAUGUGCGUUCCAGUCACAGGAGGCCAGUAAUGGAUUCAUAAUUCAAGUGAAACAAACAAAACAAAACAAUUAGAUUUAGUAUUACAGGUUCAGAGUUGUCAAAUAAAAAAAACGUUAAAAAAAAUAGACCACAGAUUUGAAAAACUUUGCAAAAAAAAAAACAUAUU